AUGAAGCCGGUGCCUUCGGAAGCAAUCAUGGGCUCAUUGCUCGCCGGGCGCGUAAAUAUCUCAAACCCAUUCGCGCAUUGUGGCGUCGAUUAUGCCGGCCCCUUUGUGAUUCGAGAAUCUAAGCGACGCAAUGCUGGAAAUCACAAGGCAUAUUUAUCAAUUUUUGUAUGCUUUGCGACAAAGGGAGUGCAUUUGGAGCUCGUUUCCGACCUCACAUCAGAUUCCUUUAUUGCCGCACUCAAGCGUUUUGUGGCACGUAGGGGUAAACCGGUCUGCAUAUAUUCCGAUAACGGAACGACGUUUGUCGGAGCUCAAAGGCAACUUAAAGAAUUUUUCGACCUCUUGUCUCAAGAUCAAACCCAAGCUAACAUCAAUCAUUUCCUGCGUGAUCACGAAACUGCGUGGAAAUUCAUUCCACCUAACGCGCCGCAUUUUGGCGGACUUUGGGAGGCCGCAGUAAAAUCGGCGAAGCACCACUUAUACCGAAUAGCCGGAAAGUCGCCUUUGACCUUCGAAGAGCUUCAAACAAUAUUCUGCGAAAUAGAAGCGAUCUUAAACUCACGUCCUCUAACUCCACUAAGCGACGAUCCCAACGACCUGUCGUAUUUGAGCCCAGGUCAUUGUUUGGUUGGCACGGCCUUGAAUAGUUUUCCUUACACUGAUGUUACUGAUGUAAGCGAGAAUAGACUGGUCCGUUGGCAGCGUGUCGAACAAAUCAGACAGCAUUUUUGGCGCAGGUGGAGCCAAGAAUACUUGCAUACCUUACAGGAGCGCACGAAGUGGAAGAUCAACAAGGGCGAACGAUUAAGGCCUAAACAGAUGGUCCUGCUCAAAUCACAGGGAUUGGCCCCCCUACAAUGGUCAAUCGGUCGAGUGGAGGAGGUUCAUCCCGGACCAGACAACAUCGUUCGAACUGCCACUGUCCGUACAGCGCGGGGUCUGUUUACCAGGCCAUUGUCAAAAAUUGCUAUCCUACCCAUUGAGGAAUAG